AUUAUGAUUCUUGCUUUAACUUUCAGGGCUUAGGUCACGAUGCAGAAUUAGGUUUAUAUUAAGUUUACAUUAUGAUUUAGGGCAACAGGGUAAUAUUGCCCUGUUUCUGACCAAACAACAGCCUGUUCAAAAUUUAAAGUAUUUUAAUUAGCUAUAACUAUCUAACUUAUGUAUUUUCCAAACUGCUCCUUCCCGUCAAAGUCUGACUUUGGCUCGAUCACUUCACCGUUUUUAACGGAGAACGGCACCGCUUUGCUGGAGUACCGGGGCCACUGCUACCAUGACCCACGGCAGCAGUAUCGUCCUCCGUGGAAAUGGACCCUCUACCAGGCGAACCGUCCCGUCACCUCUCCGUCGCCAUCCUGCUUCAACUUACCGGGGGAAGUUCACCACGACUACCAUGGCUCUUCGUCGGACACCAUAUUCAACACCAGCAAGGACUGCUUUCUGUACGGCGCCUCUGAUCCCCGUUUUCACGUCCAGUCGUUUGCAGAAAACCCGCGGAGCUUCCCCCCCGGCAGAUACACCGCGUUCAGUCCGGACUCACAGCUCCUCUACCCGGGAGGGCGCGGCAGAGUCCUACCGCCGGUUUUCGAUCAGUUUGUCGAGUAUGCAGAAGAAGGAGUGGACCCGAAAGCGGAUGUUUCCCCUGGAAGCCAACAGGAGAAAGAUACAAAUCGGGCCGAGUGGACGAGCUGUCAUAGCGGGGACAGCAGCGAGGUGAGGGAGGGGUCAGACUCACCCCGGCCUGGGAAGGAGGUGGAGGAGGAUGCGCCGUUAUCCAGCGGCAGCGGAGGAGACUACAGCCAUGCACCGACAGAGCCCUGUUUGAGGAGGAAGAAGCGUUGUCCUUACUCUAAGCAGCAGAUCAGAGAGCUGGAGAGAGAGUUUCUAUUCAACAUUUACAUUAACAAGGACAGACGCAUGCAGCUGUCCCGCCAUCUACGCCUGACAGAUCGACAGGUGAAAAUCUGGUUCCAGAACAGAAGAAUGAAAGAGAAGAAACUGAAAAGAGACAGACUGCAGUACUACACAGGAUACCACCUGUUUUGAUGGACAGGUGAGGGAGAAAGAAGUAAGAGACAGUCUUUCUUCCAACCUCAUGUACAGACUGUGUGACAACUCUGGAAACUGUGUCACAGCACUGUAUAUAGGCAGGUUAAUAGAGACAUAAAUAAAAGACAAACACAAACAAAUAGAUAAACAAACCCACUUCCUUCCUGUCAUCUAAGGAGAACCCCAAGGCUCAUGUUUUGGCCCCGUGUUUUUUUUCUUGAGUACAAACACACCAUGGACAGUAAAAAAACAGCAAGGUCUCCAUUGAAUAUUCUGUCUCUUAUCAAGAAAACACUCAGAAUGCUCCUUUUGCCUCGUUUGAACCCAACUUCCCUCUGAAGUCAUGUGGCCUACUGUGGACAAAUGAACCUCUCUGUGCCUCAGGCCUUCAUGUCCUAAUAUAGUAAGGAAUGAGGACAUACAUUUAAAAAACUAAAUAUAGGGAAACAUCAAAUACAGAUGAAGCUCUUGCUUAUCAGUGGAGCCUUGUGUUUUGCAGUUCACAUUUCUCUGAGUAUUUGAUUUGAUUUAUUUGUUUUAUUUUUUGGGUGUUUUGAUGUUGACUUGCACUGCUGACAAUCUAAUGG